AUGCACCUUUGGCUCCCUGCUCUGUUUCUCUUCCUCUGGGUGACAUUGACACUCUCACUCGACGUCUCGCUCUCCCCUGAGCCGUUCCUCUCCUCUCAGAUCGACGGUCUGCUACAGUCAGAGCUAGAGAAUAGGCAGACCAAAGUGUGCUCGGAUCCAGGAGGAAGUGCUGUGCGACGGAUCAAAUCUGUUGCUCGACAGGAUGCUGUCCGUCGACUAGUCUGUGUUUUGGAGCAAGAUGCUGUCCCGCUGGCUCCAGAAUUUGCGUAA